AUGGUUUUACUGGCACAGUUCUCCUUUUUAUUGAUCAUUUCGUCGGUGGGAGCAGCUAAGAGUGAAGGAGACGAUGACUGGGUUCAUCUUCCCAACAAAUGUGAAGUCUGCAAGUUUGUCAGCAUCGAGAUGAAGUCGUCCUUCCAGGAGACGGGGAAGACCAAAGCCGUCAUCGACAGGACCUACAACUUCAUAGAUGGAAAGGGGGCGCCGCCGGUUCAAUAUGUCAAGUCGGAUCUCAGAUUUAUCGAGGUCGUGGAAAAUGUGUGUCAGAGGCUGCUGGAGUACAACCUGCACAAAGAGAGGACCGGCAGCAACCGCUUCGCCAAGGGCAUGUCGGAGACCUUUUCCACCCUCCAUGGCCUGGUGAAUAAAGGAGUCAAUGUAGUGAUGGAUAUUCCUUACGAGCUGUGGAACGAGACCUCGGCUGAAGUGGCUGACCUUAAGAAACAGUGUGAUGUGAUGAUAGAGCAGUACGAGGAAGUAAUCGAGGACUGGUACAAAGGCAACCAGGAGGAGGACCUGACCACUUACUUGUGUGAGAAGCAUGUUCUCAAAGGACAGGACCAAGCCUGCUUGAACGAGGAGUGGACCCGGAAAAAGGGCGACCAGGCGGCCCUAGCAGAGGACAAGAAGAAGAAGAAAAAGAAGAAGGGAGGGAAGAAAGGGAAGGGCAAGGGGGAGGCAGGAGGCGACGGGGGAGAUGCAGAGAAAGUGGCAAAGAAGAAGAAGGAGAAGAAGGUGAAGAAGAAGAAAAAGGGCAAAUCUCCGGUGGAGAAGACGGACGGAGGGCGGACGUCCGACGAGGAGAUCCAGCCUCAGGUGCCUCUCUCUGGGCAGAAGACGGAGCUGUGA